AUGCCCGUUUUCGACAGCCCCUACACGAUCCCCGACGGCGUCCCCCGCGACGUGAGCAUCUGGCACUACCUCUUCGAUCCCACCCAUCCAUCCUACUGCCACCGCCCCACCCACUCCACCUCCACAACCUCCUUCAUCGACGGCACGACCGGCGAAUCCCUCACCUACGACCAAGUCCGCUCCCACUGCGAGACUGUCUCCACCGUCCUCGCCACCGAUUACGGUAUGGGAAGAGGCGACGUCGCGUGCUUGUUUGGGAGAAACACGUUGUGGUAUCCGAUUGCGUUGUGGAGUACGCUCAGGGUUGGUGGAGUCAUUAGUGGUGCGAGUCCGGCGUAUACGGUGGGUGAGAUGACCUACGCGCUCAAAACCGCCGGUGCGAAGUUCAUCUUCACCACACCCGAAUCACUCCCCGUCGCGCUCGAAGCCGCUUCCGCUGCCGGUGUCGCCAAGGAUCAUAUCUUCCUUCUCGAGGGGAGUGGAGAGGGAACGAGUCACCUCACCGUCGAGGGCCUCAUUAAGAAAGGUGAAGGACGGAAGAUCGUCGGACCUUGGACCAUCCCGAAAAACAGCUCGAACGACAAAGAACUCGGAUUCCUUUCCUUCUCAUCCGGCACAACCGGUCUCCCGAAAGGCGUGAUGAUAUCCCACGGUAACGUAAUCGGACAAUCCCGUCAAAUGCGAUUCAUGAACAAGACCGUCGAGGGGGAGAGUGUGGUCGGGUGUCUUCCCCUCUUUCAUAUUACGGGGUUGGUGCAGUUGUUGCAUGUUCCCGUCCAGGACAGCUUCCCCGUGGUUAUGAUGCCGUCGUUCGAGAUGAAGUCUUUCCUUGAUAUCGUGACGAAGUACAAAGUCACGAAUCUUAUGCUCGUUCCGCCGAUCAUGAUCCGUCUCGCUCGCGACCCAAUCGUGAACAGGUACGACCUCUCCUUCGUGAAACGCUUCCAAAGUGGUGCGGCGCCGUUGAGUGAAGAGAUCAUCUCUAUCUUCCGGAAACGGUGGCCGAAGGCUGGGUUGUGGCAAGGAUACGGAAUGACAGAAACAACCUCCUGCGUAACCUCCGUCCCAACCUGGCACCAACUGCCCCCAACCCCAGCUGACGGCUCCGUCGGGCACCUCUGCCCCGACACAUCUAUCAAGAUCAUCUCUGAAGAUGGACAGGAAUUAGGUCACGAUCAGCCGGGCGAGUUGUGGGUGAGGGGACCACAAGUCGUAAUGGGAUACCUCAACAACGAGAAAGCCAAUCGGGAGACUUGGGUUGAUGGGUGGAUGCGUACCGGGGAUCAGGCGGAGAUAAGUAGUCAGGGUGGAUGGGUGUUCAUUCGGGAUCGGAUUAAGGACAUGAUCAAGGUCAAAGGCGUCGCUGUCGCUCCGGCCGAGUUGGAGGAUUUGUUGCUUGGGCACCCACUUGUUGAGGAUUGUGCCGUGACUGGUGUCCCGGACGAUUACGCCGGUGAACUUCCCCGCGCAUUCAUCCGACUGACUUCCUCGGCCGCCUCUUCCUCCACUCCCUCUGACCACGAACGCACCCUCAUCAAAUACGUCGAAGAGAAGAAGAGUCGGCCGAAGCAUUUGAGGGGUGGAGUCAUCUUCGUGGACGAAAUCCCGAAGAGUGCGAGUGGGAAGAUCUUGAAGCGUGUUUUGAGGGAUAAGUAUGCCGAUGUUCCGGUGAAGCAGAGGGUUGAGGAGGGUGUUGCGGAGAAGGCGAAGUUGUAGGUGGUAACCGGAUUGGGGUUCACCGGAUCCGGGGAGGGAGGAAAGGAGAGGAGGGAUGGGGCGGGUUGGUUGCUUGUGAAUGUGAGGAUCUCGUAUAUUAUAAGUUGAACGGACGAUCGGAAACAUCGCGGCUUUUAAAGUAAAUUCUAGGCGGCAUCGCUACCGUGGCCGUUCUUUCACCCAGCUGCUGGCGU